CGGAUACGAUGGAAAAGCUCUCCAAGCAAGCCGAAUAACUGUACUACAUACUAGUACGGUGUAGUGCACUGUGAAGUCUCAGGAGGGGGACGACCCGAACCACUGCCUAAUCCGUUGAUAAAUUGAAAACUGAAGUCGGCGCCAACAAGUAAACUGAACAAUUAUGUUGUAAUACCAAAGUUUCAAGGAUGGAGACUGGCAGGACUCCCUCCACCAACGGAGAGGGCUUCCUCUCCAGAAUGGCCCUCAAUGACAACAAGGCCGGGAUGGAGGGCCUUGACAGAGAUAAGAUCAACAAAAUCAUCAUGGAGUCUUCAAAGGGUUCGAGGUUCUAUGAGAAUGAAGUGAAGAGAGAGCAGCAGGUGAACCAGCGCGUUGAGAGGAUGAUGCUGCAGAAAACACAGAUCACUGAGCAACAGCUGAGCAAAGCACACACUCAGCUGGAGAAGAUGACCGCUGACCUGGAGAAAGGCCGGGAGCUGAGUCGUGUCAUCGUGCACGUGGACAUGGACGCUUUCUACGCUGCCGUGGAGAUGAGGGACUGCCCAGACCUGAAGGACAAGCCCAUGGCCGUGGGCUCCACCAGCAUGCUGUCUACGUCCAACUACCAUGCCAGGAAGUUUGGGGUACGAGCAGCCAUGCCUGGUUUCAUCGCAAAGAAACUCUGCCCAAACCUGGUCAUAGUUCCAACCAACUUUGACAAAUACAAAGCAGUGAGCGCUGAGGUCCGAGAGAUCUUUGCGGACUACGAUCCUCACUUCCAGUCCGUGAGCCUGGAUGAGGCGUACCUGGACAUCAGUGACCACCUGCAGCGGAGGAGGAGCUGGUCGGAGGCCCUCCGCAGUCACAGCCUCCACACCAUCACCCCGCCCGGAGCAGGUGAGGGGCAGGGUGAGUUCUCAGGGCCGACAGGGGAGGGUCUCUCCCCUGUCCUGUUUGAGGACAGCCCUGGCACCUCCCCCUCCGCCCCUCCAGGCGAGGUGGUGGUGUUUGGGACCUGUGCUGAAGAGGCGGUGAGAGAAAUGCGCUUUCGUAUCGAACAGAAGACCACACUGACCGCCAGCGCAGGCAUUGGGCCUAACAUGAUGCUGGCCAAGGUGUGCAGUGACAAAAACAAACCCAAUGGUCAAUACAGACUGCUUCCUAACAGACAAACAGUCAUGGACUUUGUCAAGGACCUACCGGUCCGCAAGGUAUCUGGCAUAGGGAAGGUGACUGAGAAGAUGCUAGGAGCCCUGGGCAUCAUCACCUGUGGCCACCUCAACCAGGAGAUGGCGCUGGUGUCCCUGUUGUUCUCGGAGACGUCUUGGCUCCACUUCCUCCAGAUCUCCUUGGGGCUUGGCUCCACACACAUCGAAAGGGACGGAGAGAGGAAAAGCAUGAGCACAGAGAGGACGUUUGGGGAGAUGAACACAGCCGAGGAGCAGCUGUCUCUGUGCCAGAAGCUCUGCCAAGACCUGGCUGAGGACCUGAAGAAAGAGGCACUGCAAGGUAAGACGGUGACUCUGAAGCUGAAGAACGUCAACUUUGAGGUGAAGAGCCGAGCGGAGACGCAGCCGUGUGCCUUGGCCACGGCCGAGGAGAUCUUUGCCGUCGCCAAGGACCUCCUGAAGACGGAGAUCGACAGCGUCAGCCCCCAACCGCUGAGGCUUAGGCUCAUGGGUGUUCGAAUCUCCGCCUUCGUCAGCUCAGACGACAAGAAGCCCCUGCAGAAGAGCAUUGUGGGAUUCCUCCAGCAGGGCAGAGCCGACCCCAGUGGCCCCUCCCAAGUUCCUGCCCGAAAAGGGAAAGAAGAGCCCAUCUUCAAGUCCCCAGUCCAGUCCCAGACGUCCGGCUGCCCUCCCCUGGCGGAGCACACCCCGGGCCAGAGGGAGGCCACCUGGAGGGCCAGUCGGAGGGGGGUGGAGGAGGGCAGGCCUGAGGGCCAGUCCUUCUUUCAGAGAGCCCAUGCCCAACGGCUCCGUCUGCAGGCUGAGAGGGGCGACACACAAGGGGACGGGGACUCCCCCACCGACGCGACAGGCACAAACCCCCAAACAGCAGACCCAUCCUCUAAGAGCCAGACCUCCACAGAGCCAGGUCCGGACGCAUCGACAGCCUCCGCCUCGGGCCUCUCCUUCGAGGCCCAGGCCUCCACGUCAGCCUGGGGCUCCAGUGAGCCCGAGGCCCAGACGGACAGCCUGACCUGCCCCAUCUGCUUCAGGGAGGUGAGGACCACAGACCUGGCUGUCUUUAACAGGCACAUAGACCAGUGUCUCAGCGGUGUCUCCGCAGAGCCUAACCACCACCAGCCGGACUCAGAGCCACACUCAAACAUGGAGCGAGGCAGAAUACUUGGGGAGGAAGAGGCAGCUGAAAGAGAGAUGAGAACAACAGAAGAGGAUAUGGACUCUUCCAGAAGGCCUGACUCGGCAAUCCCCAGACUGACAGAGACCUUGACAUUGGCGAUGACAGCCCGAAUCUCCCAGACAGACCGCCUGGACUCAAACUCUCCGAGAGACAGAUGCGUUCUUCCAGACUCUUCUCCGAGUGUUCCUCGCGCUCCGGAAUCGAUGACUUCAGAAUCACGUGACGUCAGAGGCCCUGCCCUGACCUGCCCGGUAUGUCAGGUGACCCAGCACACUGAUGACCUCACCAUAUUCAACCGCCAUGUUGACCUCUGCCUGAACCAGGGAAUGCUGCAUGAGCUUGGGGGACGGGCGUCUGUGGGGCAGCCUCCUUUCUCCGUCACCCACAGCAAGGUCAAAGAGAGUGAACCCCCCCUGCAGAGGACCACACACAGAGGCAAGAGCAAACGGCGCGGAUCAUCCCUUCAACCACACGCUAAGAAGGCGAAAGCCCCGGGCCCUCAGAACACGAUCGACAGGUUCUUCAGGUGACACCGCGAGGGAGAAGGUCUGGUUCUCCUGGAACGCUUGGGAGAAGCAGACGUCCGUGGAGAUGAGGGGGACCAGGAGGGCUGGCUGAGUAUCCUCAAUAUCCUCACGGUCCCAAGCACCCUACCUAGCUGCCGUUGCUGAUGAGCUCACGUUUUUAUUUGAUAGUGUGCCCCUUGCUCAGGAAAUAAUGACAAUUUUGGGUGUUAUUGAGAGAAUCUGAAGCCAAAUUUACCUCGCAUUGAUAUAACUGAAUGUAUAGUAUUUAAUAUUUAAUAAUGAGUGUUGGGUAUUCAUUUCUGUGAAUACGGCACAAUGAAGACUUUGCCACAGUGUCUGAGGCAACAUAUUUCGACCAUCAUAAGAGCCGUGUUGAAUAUAAAAGUCACUGCAGCACUUUACUGAGCCUGUCUAUUGACUGGACUGUGGCUAGAAUCAACCAAUAAUCCUAGAAAGCGUAGGAGGUCCAGCUUACAUUAGCAGUAGCAUCAGCAGUAUUCAGAACAACCGUCAUCUUCCAUCUUAUUUAUGCUUGUAUGUGUGUGUGUGAUUCUAUUGUGGUUAUACUAUGCAAAAAAACAAAUAAAUCAAUUUGACUUUGACUUGA